GGAGAACUUUGCAAAGCACUUCCGGCCCACACUGCAGCCAAGAAAAGGGCAUUUGGAACUUUAAAAAUGGUGGAUAGCGAAGCCUCAUAAAUGCAAGUUAUUUUCCAUGAAGCCUAUGAUGUGAAUUGUGAUUUUUGCAGUAGUAAACAUGUGAAGCGAACGAGCUGAGUAACAUCCAAUCGUUACACAUCAAACUAUUCACACCAAACAAGAUGGCGUUGCCCACAUGGACACCAGCAGGCGAUGAAAACUUUGGCGAUUAUGAUGGAUUUGUCUUGGGCGAUGAUUUACCCGAUUGGUCAAGUGAUGAACCCACGUGGACGUCUUCAGACUGCCCAGGAACUAAAGCAAACACAACGCGUUCUUCUGACCAGAUUGGGAAUGAUGCACAACGACCAAAGGGUGGAUUUGGUGUUCCAAAGAAGGCUGCACAUAGUUCUAAACAUUUAAAGAGUGGCUCGAGAGACGGCAGUAAAAAAUCCUCAAAACGAACAGGAACCCAUAGUUUUUCUCGCAUGGUUACCCCUUCUGUUGAUGACUUAAGAUUUUGUGCCAUGAAGGGAAAUGUUGAUGUUUUGAAGGACUGCCUGAAUGAAGGUUUGCAUGUAGACACUGUGUUGAAAUGUGGCUGGACUCCCUUGAUGUAUGCAGCUAGCUCAGCACAUCCAGAGAUUGUCAAGGUCUUGUUGGAGAAGGGAGCUAAGGCUAACUUCCAUCAAGAUCAAUUCACAGUUUUAAUGGCGGGAUGUUCCACCACAAAGCAAGAAGAGGAAUGUGUGUUAGAAUGCAUCAAACUGCUGGUAGACGCCGGGGCUGAUGUUAAUGCUCAUGAUCGAUAUCAUAUGACGCCUUUGAUCUAUGCUGCAAGAGCUGGUCAUGCACUUGUUGUUGACUACUUUGGUCAGAAUGGUGUCCAGAUAAACAAACAAGAUAGCAGGGGAUGGACAGCUUUAAGUUGGGCAGUCAGCAAGAACAGGAAGAAAACAGUGCAAAAGUUGAUAGAGCUUCAAGCUGACCCAUUCAAAAAACACUCUGAUGGGCAGACUGCUGCAGACUUGGCAUUUGCAGAAAACUUUCAGGAUUUCCUUGUGUUUAUGAAAGACCCUCGUGCUCAGUGUGAAGAGAGAGUAGCAGUGCCCACAGGAGUUCUUAAGGAGCGGCCCAUGGAGAGAAACUAUGGGCUAACUAGCACUUACGUCAAACAGGGAGAGUUGGAGUUAUUCCUCAGAGGCUUAGACCUCUCCGGUCUGACUGAUCUGUUUCGACACCAUCAUGUUGAUUUUGCUGGACUACUUCUGUUAACAGAACCAGACCUAGAGAAGAUUGGCGUCAAGCAAGUAGGUGUAAGGAAAAAGAUUUUAGAUGGUAUUCAGAAGGUUCAUAAAAAAGACUGGGAAUCUGGCAGCCUCCCUGCAGUACAGUCAGAAAAACAAAUCAGUUACAGUCAAUCAGUUGCUAUGAUGAGCAACAUCUCGUCCCACCUUCUGUACAUAGGGUGCUCAGUGGCAUAUAUCAGAAAGGAAAUUUCAGCUCAUCCAGAUAUAUUAGACACACAGGAUGGGAAUGGGCCCAGGGUCUUGUGUCAGCAGUCCAUUGACAGCAUGGUCAACUUACAAAAGCUUAACAAGGAAAUUCAGUCCUUGCAGAAGUAUUUAAAUAAGGUUUUAGGAAAAGGAAAUUUCCAGCCAGCAGACCUUGUCACAAAACCUAAAGCACGACACAGAGGGAAGAAACUUUGGCGGAGGAGAGUUGUGACGCUUGGUGCUCUUGUGUUUACAGUUUCUGCUGCAGUGUAUUUCAGGGAAUUGAUCUCAGAGACUGUGACAAAUACUGUCAUUAAAGCUCAACAUUUGUGGGAGAACUUUGACAUCAGCAGUCAAAAAAGUGCUUAACUUUAAGAUUUGAAAUGUAUGAUGUGAAGUGUGAUUUCAGAUCCGUGAGGAAAAUAGAUUUGGAGAGUGCUGUGAAGAGCAACCCUUAAUGUUAUAAACGUGAUGUGUUUACAUAUGGUGCUAACUGGUGGAAUUCAAGGAACAGUACAAAAAAAUUACAUGUAAUUUGAAAAGCAAAUGAGUAACGAAUGCUCAGGUUUCAUAAACCAUCAGUUAUGACCAGUGGGCAUUACAACAUAACAUAAAAGUUUAGACAACUUUUUCCAUUGGAGCAAGUAGAAAAACUGUGAUCAUAAACUGAAAUUUGGUUUUUUGAAAAUUUAUGAACAAGAAUUCUUAGACAUAAUUUGUCUCUUUUUUUCAUUUUGAUAAACAGAAGCUGUUUAUAACAGCAGUGGUAACUUAAAGGGAAAUUUAAUAGCUCUGUUCUGGUUUUGGAUGAAUAACAAUCUUGACUAAAUUGAUAGCAUGUGCAUCCCAUUAUGCACUCAAUUUUAAAAAAAUCAAAACAAGAACCUUAAAACAAAACCUAACCGAUGUGCCACGCAAUAACAGUAUUGAUACCAGUAUAUGACUUCGAACUUUCCCAGCAGAUGUUAACAAACAAUGCAUAAUACAUAUAUAUUUUUUUGGAUAUUAAAAGAUGAAUUUGAA